AUGAUGGCGUUUGCUGGGACAAAUGUUAGUUUGUCCCAGCCGGAUAUAAUGCAAAAACUGACGGAGCGCAUAGACGACCUGAAGCAGAGAAUCGCUGCUUGGGGAAAGCGAAUUCGGCGAUAUACCGAGAGGUCGACACGGUUCAACCAGAAUCGUCUCUUCCAGAGUGAUCAGAAGAGGCUCUAUAAAUCAUUGGAGCGACCAAUGGUAAGUGGAACGGGCCCAGUACCGAAUCAGGCCGACACGGUCGCAUUCUGGCGCAGCCUGUGGUCAGAGCCCGUAAACCACAACGAGGGCCCUUGGACGGAAGUUGUGGCGAGUCAGUGUGCGGGUAUUACGCCCAUGGACCCCGUCACCAUAACGCCGGAUGACGUAGCUGAGGCGGUCCGUAGGGCCCCGAACUGGAAAAGUCCGGGACUCGACGGGCUGCAUCACUACUGGCUGAAGGGGUUCGUGUCCAUUGAAAACAUGUUUAAUCAACUCGGCGGCGGCACCAACAACCCUAACAAAGAUGUGGAAGUAACAUCUCCACCGGACGACACAGUCUCAUCGCUAGAAUUCUCUCCACCAUCCGUUCCACAAACCUUCCUAGUAGCCGGUAGCUGGGACUGUCGUGUAAGAUGUUGGGAGGUGGAGGCGUCGGGUAAAACUGUGCCUAAAGCAGCACAGGCUAUGGACGGGCCGGUUCUGGACGUGGCCUGGCACGAUGAUGGCACCAAGGUGUUCAUGGCUUCUACUGAUAAAAGUGUCAAAUGCUGGGACCUGGCUGCUAAUCAAUGUGUACAGGUAGCUGCGCAUGAUGCUCCUGUUAAGACUUGCCAUUGGAUAAAAGCACCGAACUACAAUUGCCUUAUGACCGCCUCCUGGGACAAAACCCUCAAGUUUUGGGACACACGCAGCGCGGUGCCUGUGAUGACGAUGAACCUCUCCGAACGUUGUUACUGCGCCGAUGUGGACUAUCCAAUGGCGGUGGUGGGUACAGCAGACCGUGGUAUCUGCCUGUACACGCUGGAAGGCAAGCCGGCGGAGUUUAAACGCGUGGAGUCUCCGCUCAAGUACCAGCACCGCUGCAUCGCGAUCUUCCGAGAUAAGAAGACCAAGCAGCCAACUGGGUUUGCUCUUGGCAGUGUGGAGGGCCGUGUGGCCAUUCAGUACGUGAACCCCGCCAACCCUAAGGAUAACUUCACCUUCAAGUGUCAUCGAACGGGAGCUGGUACCACUGGAAGCUUCCAAGACAUCUACGCGGUGAACGACAUCGCGUUCCACCCGGUCCACGGCACGCUGGCCACGGUGGGCUCGGACGGCUCCUUCUCGUUCUGGGACAAGGACGCGCGCACCAAGCUCAAGUCCUCCGAGACGCUGGACCAGCCGCUCACCAAGUGCGCCUUCAACCACAGCGGGCAGAUAUUCGCGUACGCUGUCGGAUACGACUGGUCCAAGGGCCAUGAACACUUCAACCCUGCCAAGAAAAACUACAUAUUCCUGCGGCCGUGCUUCGAUGACCUUAAGCCGCGCACCACCUGA